GCGGAGGGGCCCGCGGAGGAGCCGGUUGGACGCGUGCAGCCUGGCCGGGAGGGCGGGCGGGCGGCCUCGGCAGGGGGCCUCUGGAUUCCUUCCGUGUUAUUGUCUUCCCCUGUGGAGGCUAAGUGUGGCCCCUUCGCCCAGCACAAACUCCACGGCAGCAUCUUCAAUAUAGCCUCUCAUUCCUCCCAGAACAGGGUUCCCGGGACUGAGCUAAGGAUUCAGCAUCAUGGAAAGUGAAGAAAACGUGCUCCAGGAAGGCGAAGAAGAGGAGCUGAAGAUCUACGGGUACAACUUUUGCCGGUGGAAGUUGGUCUUUGUGGCCGGAGGGGUGCUGUGCUCGGGCGGCCUCCUCCUCCUCCUCCUCUACUGGAUGCCGGAGUGGCGGGUGAAGGCCAGCUGCCAAAGGGCUUCACUGAGACAUUGCCAGGUGGUCCUGCUGAGAACGACCGACGAAUUCCAGAGCUGGUUCUGCGCCAGGGUCCGGAGGGUCUUCUCCCUGGGCCGCCACCCCUUACAGGCCCCCAAAGAGCUGGCCUCGGAGAAGGUGGCCAACGGCUCCAGCGCUCCCCUGUGCGUCCCUCCCUUGGAAGAGAGCGGCGGGGGCAGCAGCAGCAGCAGCGCCUUGGACGGCCUCCCCCAGGACCCACAGCUCCUCCAGCUGCGCUAUUUCACCCACCACAGUGUGAAGUAUUUCUGGGACGAUGCGGUCCAGAACUUCACUUCCAUAAAGGGUUUGGAUGACUCCACGACCUGCGCUUCCAUCCACCGGGAACACAGCACGGGGCUGACGAAGGAGACGCAGGACUACAGGAAGAUUUUCUAUGGACUGAAUGAAAUCGCGGUCAAAGUGCCUUCCAUUUUUAAACUCUUGAUUAAAGAGGUCCUCAACCCGUUCUACAUUUUCCAGCUCUUCAGUGUGAUCCUCUGGUGCACGGACGAAUAUUACUACUAUGCAAUUGCCAUCGUGAUCAUGUCUCUGAUCUCCAUCGCCAGCUCUCUGUACAACAUCCGGAAGCAAUACACGAUGCUGCACGACAUGGUGGCAGCUCACAGCAUCAUCCGGGUCUCCAUCAGCAGAGCCAGCCACGGUGUGGAGGAGGUUCUGUCCACGGACCUGGUGCCCGGGGAUGUCAUUGUGGUCCCGCUUCGGGGGAUGAUCAUGCCCUGCGACGCGGUGCUUCUCAGUGGCACCUGCAUCGUCAACGAAAGCAUGUUGACGGGGGAGAGCGUCCCCGUCACCAAGACCAACCUGCCCAACCCGUCCAAGGACUGCCAGGCCCUGGAAGAGGAGGUCUACGACCCAGAUGGGCACCGCAGGCACACCCUCUUCUGUGGCACGACCGUCAUCCAGACCCGCUUUUACACUGGGGAGCUGGUCAAGGCCGUGGUGGUCAGAACAGGCUUCAGCACUUCGAAGGGGCAGCUGGUGCGCUCCAUCCUGUACCCAAAGCCCACCGACUUCCAGCUCUACCGCGAGGCCUACCUCUUCCUGCUCUGCCUGGUGGGCGUGGCGGGCAUCGGCUUCCUCUACACCAUUGUCAUCAGCAUCCUCCACCAGGUCCCCGCCCGCAUCAUCAUCAUCGAGUCCCUGGACAUCAUCACCAUCACGGUCCCCCCGGCUCUCCCAGCCGCCAUGACGGCCGGCAUUGUCUAUGCGCAGCGGCGGCUGAAGAAGAUCGGCAUCUUCUGCAUCAGCCCCCAGAGGAUCAACAUCUGCGGGCAGCUGAACCUCGUCUGCUUCGACAAGACCGGGACCCUGACGGAGGACGGCCUGGACCUCUGGGGCAUCCAAAGGGUGGAAAGCGCCCGCUUCCAGCUGCCCGAGGAGAGCGCCUGCACGGAGGGCCUGGUGCGGUCGCCCUUCGUGGCCUGCAUGGCCACGUGCCAUUCCCUCACCAAGAUCGAGGGGCUGCUCUCCGGAGACCCGCUGGACCUGAAGAUGUUCGAAGCCACCGGAUGGGUGCUGGAAGAGGCCACAGAGGAGGAGACGGCCCUUCACAACCGGAUUAUGCCCACCGUUGUCCGGCCGGCUAAGCAGCUUCUUCCGGACUUCAACUCUGGGAACAACAAGGAAAUGGAGCUCUUCCAGCUCUCGGCCAGCUACGAAAUCGGGAUCGUGCGCCAGUUCCCCUUCUCUUCCGCCCUUCAGCGGAUGUGCGUGGUGGCCCGGAUCCUGGGGGAGAAGAAGAUGGACGCCUUCGUGAAAGGGGCCCCGGAAGUGGUGGCCGGGCUGUGCAAGCCGGCCACCGUGCCGGCUGACUUUGAGCGGGUGUUGGAGGACUACACCUGGCAGGGCUUCCGGGUGAUCGCUCUGGCUCACAGGAAGCUGGAGUCCAAGCUCUCCUGGCACAAGGUGCAGAACGUGGCCCGAGACGCCAUCGAGAGCAGCAUGCAUUUCCUGGGGCUCAUCAUCAUGCAGAAUAAGCUCAAGCCGGAAACGCCUGCCGUGCUGGAGGACUUGCACAAGGCCAACGUCCGCACCGUCAUGGUCACAGGCGAUAACAUGCUGACCGCCAUCUCCGUGGCCCGGGACUGUGGCAUGAUUCUACCUCAGGACAAGGUCAUUGUGGCUGAAGCGCUACCUCCCAAGGAUGGGCACCCAGCCAGGAUCAAGUGGCACCACGCAGAUGCCCUCGAGAGGGCUCCCGAGGCCACGCCCACCAUCAACUCAGAGGAUAUUCCCAUUAAACUGGCCCAGCAGGACUGCAAAGAUUCCCACAAAACCAGGUUCCACUUUGCGAUGAACGGGAAAUCCUUCGCCGUCAUCCAGGAGCACUUCCAGGACCUGGUGCCCAAGAGCAACUUGGGAGACUUCCAGUUCCUCUUCAUCGACCUGGCCAUCAUUUUGGUGCUGGUCUUCACCAUGAGCCUGAACCCGGCGUGGAAAGAGCUCGUGGCCCAGCGGCCGCCCUCUGGCCUCAUCUCGGGCGCCCUCCUCUGCUCCGUCCUGUCCCAGAUCCUCAUCUGCCUUGGCUUCCAGGUCCUGGGCUUCCUCUGGGUCAAGCAGCAGCCCUGGUACGAGCCCUGGAGCCCCUCCUCAGACGCCUGCAACCUCUCAGCCGCGGCCAAUGCUUCCCAGCCGGGCAACGUCUCCCACCACGACGAGCACAACAUCCGGAACUACGAGAACACCACGCUCUUCUUCAUCUCCACCUUCCAGUACCUCAUCGUGGCCGUGGUCUUCUCCAAGGGCCGGCCCUUCCGCCAGCCCUGCUACAGGAACUACCUCUUCGUGGUCUCCGUGGUGGCCCUGUACGCCGUGGCCCUGGCUCUCCUGCUGCACCCCGUGGCAGCCAUCGAAUCCUUCUUGGAGCUGGUCUGCGUGCCUCACGCCUGGCGGGUCUCGGUGCUCCUCCUGGUCCUGGCCAACGCCGCAGUGUCCCUGCUGGUGGAGAACUUUCUCCUUGACACGGUCCUUGGGAAGCUCCUCUUCAGCCGAGACAAGCCCGGGGAGGACCGCCUAGCUUCCUCUUCCUCCUCCUCCUCCUCCUCCUCUUCCUCCUCCUCCCACCACCCGUCUCAGGAGGGGCUGGACCGUUGCUGUGGGUGUGCCCUGCCAGGGCUGCUGCGCCUGAAGAAGAGGCCGCCCAAGGCCCGCUACGUGCACCUGGCCCAGGAGCUGCUGGUGGACCCAGAGUGGCCACCCAAGGGCCGCACCACCACGGAGGCCCCCGGCCCCUCCUGCCGGAACGGCUCCUGCCAAGGGAUCAGCAUGACGUAGCGGAGGGGGCCCCCCUGGCACACGCUGGGGCUGCCCACGGCCUGACCUCUCUGCUGCUGACGGGACGGACAGACAGGCUCCCCUCCCCCCCCCCCUCCGGUCGAUGCCAGUCUUCCUCCCACCUGCCUCCCUCCUGAGCUGAGCACCUGGAAGGGACGGGCCUGCCUGGCACCCCUGGACACCGGCAAAGGACCCCCUUCCCAUCCUCCUCUUCCUCCCACCAGAGCUCUCUGCAGGCGCAGUCGGGCCGCCUUCCGCCCUCGGGACCAGCUCUGGGCUCCUCCCCUCCGGGAGCCCCUGGCCGGCUGCAGCAGGUUGCCUUAACAGGUGGGGGCGCUUGGCACAAUCCCUGCUCAGCGCAGCCGUGGCGGCUCCAUCGGUGGAGCCGAAGCCUUUCACUGUGGCCGCAUCGCUCGGGGCCAGCCUGCCCGAGAGGAAGACCGGAGCAGCGGCACGGAAGGGGCAGCCACUCCCGCUGGACAGUCUUUUGGAGGCCGCCCACGGCCUCCCCCAACGGCAGGUCCUGCUGAGAGGGUGGCUGUGCCGAGACGGCAACUCCUCCACAACGGUGCUACUAGUUGGGGCGCAGCCACGGCCAGGAAAGGCUGCUGGAGAAGCGGCUGCAGUCGGGCCUUGCCCCCCCCCCCCCCUGCCGCGUGCCAAGGAAGGCGGCCCACGCAGCGCUUGCUUCCCCCCUUCUGCCUUUGGGGGUCCCCAGUCCCUGAGGAACCAGCCUGCCGAGGCUCGUUCGACCCUGGAGCUGUGCCUGCCCAGCACCUCUCGCUUCAGGGAAGCGGUGGCUGCCGGAGGACGGUGGGGGGGGACCCUCUCGGGGUUUUCCGAAAAAGGGGCCGCCACGACUGCCAGCUGCACCUUCCCGCUCUCCCCGCCCCCCCCCCCUCCCCGGCCAGGCAAAGGAAAGGGGGCUGGUCAGCAGGCCUUGGGGGACCCCUGGGGAAGCGCCCGCCCAGAGCCUGCACAGGGUCUUCGGCCUAAAAGCAAUAUUGUGUUGAAGCCGCCCUGGGGGGGGGGGGGGGCAAGCUGGUCUCCCCUCCGGAAGGGAGGUGAUGCAUCUUGGAUCUGUUCCAAGGACGCUUAAGAUUGCGAAGUUGGGUGUUUUUAAAUCAUUAUUUUCUUAUACUUCCUUGGAGGCUUGUGAAUUCAGGUGAACCCUUUGCUAACUUGGAUUCAGAGCGGUUCGUAAAUUAUUUGAGUCAGACUUACCCCUAAAGCUGUAAGUUAGGAUUGUAUAUAUGGCCAAUUAAAUAUUUUAUUAUUUAUGCAUAUCUCUAAAGGACUUGCUUGCUCAAGGAAAGAGCAACUCUUAAAUUAUACUUUCUAAAAUAUCCAGAUUUUAAAAUAAUAUAUAUACACAGACACACACACCUCCAUCCCUCAGGGUUAUUUUUUUUAUUAAUGCUUUGAUUUCUUCCCAAAUAACUAAUGACGAGACCGCUGGGUGUCACACGUGGGCAGGACACCCCCCCACCCCUCGGGAGCUGCCUGUGGCCUCAGUGCUCCUGGCAGCUGCUGACUCGGCAGCCCCCACCCACCCACCCACCCACCCACAGGGCGGCCCCCACCCCCCCUGACUCCAGAGUGAAUGGGGAGGGGGCAGGAAUCCUCUCCCAUGUUGGGGUCUUCGUGUUCUGCUGGAAAGAUGGCCGCCUCAAAGAGGCCAGGACCCCCACCCAAUCCCCUCGGGCAGUGUUUUCAAUUGGCCGUUUGAGAAACUGGCUCUUCUCUCCUUCAUUUUUAUUUAUUUUUCCAGUGGAGAAGUGGUUUUCCUUCGCUGGGUGAUUUUAUCUACUGUAGUAUAAUAUGGCUGCAUAUCAGUAGUUACGAGGUGAAGAAUAAUUCUUAAUGCUGCAAAUGAUCUUAUUCCCAAAAGCUUUCUUUGAUUGUCACAGACUUAAAAGGGCUUCAUGUCUUUAGCUUGCAAAGAUUAAAUUCUAAAAUCAAAUGUUUGUAUAUAUGAUGGAAAAGUUGAUUUAAAGGCUCAGAUACGAUCAUUUUAGGGCAUAGAUAUGUCCAAUUUUUUAAAAAAAGACUGUAUAAAUAUGCAAACAUUUG